CUUACCGCAUCUCCAAGAAGGCCCAGAUCUCUGCCCCCACCAAGCAGCUCUUCUCAGGUCGUUUCCCAGAGAAUUUCUCCGUCAUGGCUCUGGUUAAGGCCCAGGCAGGUCUGCAGGCCUUCCUCCUCUCCAUCUACAGUGAGCAGGGCAUCCAGCAGCUGGGCAUUGAACUGGGACGCUCACCUGUUUUCCUGUACGAGGAUCAGAACGGCAAACCAGCUCCCGAGGACUACCCACUGUUCAAAGGCGUCAACCUGGCUGAUGGCAAGUGGCAUCGCAUCGCCAUCUCUGUUUCCAAGAAAAACGUGACACUGCUGCUCGACUGCAAGAAGAAGAUGACUCGCCCUCUCGCCCGAGGCAACAACGCUGUAGUCGACACCAACGGCAUAACAGUGUUCGGAGCCCGUCUGCUUGAUGAGGAGGUUUUCCAGGGAGAUAUCCAGCAACUGCUGAUCGCCUCCAACCCCCAGGCUGCUUAUGACUUCUGUGAACACUACAGCCCAGACUGUGACUCCCCUCUGCCCAAGACCCAGGCUCAGGACCCCAACACAUACGAUGUAGACACUGAAUAUACCGAGGCUGGCCACACCGCUACAGAGACUGAUUAUUACUAUGAGGAGACGGUCCCACUGCCAGAGGGUGAGGUGAUUGGGCAUGAAGAGAUCCCUGUGCAGCCCCAGGUGGAGCCACAUUUAGUGGGAGAGGAGGUAGAUGCCACCAAGGCUGGCGGUGCAGGCGAGGAGGUCUUCACUGAGGAGUAUGUGACCGGGGACGUGGGCCUCAAGGAAUACGACUAUUCCUACAGGGACUACAGUGAGCCAUUAGUGGAGACUGGAGAGAUCGAUGCCCACAUGGGCCCUGCCCUGUCCGCUGUGACAGAUGAGGGAGGCGCUGCCAUCAGAGGCCAGAAAGGAGAGAAAGGUGACCCUGCUGUCUUGGAGCCUGGUAUGCUGAUUGAAGGACCUCCAGGACCUGAGGGACCUGCUGGUCCCACCGGCCCCCCUGGCUCUUCAGGACCUCCCGGGUCUGUUGGUGACCCAGGCGAGAGAGGACCUUCUGGUAAACCUGGUCUACCUGGAGCUGAUGGCAUCCCUGGACCUCCUGGAAGCUCAAUCAUGUUGCCCUUCCGUUUUGGUCAGAGUGGAGGAGAUAAGGGUCCUGUUGUUUCUGCACAGGAAGCUCAGGCAGCAGCCAUCUUGUCUCAGGCCAGGAUGGCUCUGAAAGGACCUCCUGGACCAAUGGGAUUCACCGGACGUCCUGGACCCCUGGGAAGUCCUGGAAGUACUGGUCUAAAGGGAGAAAGUGGAGACCCUGGUCCUCAGGGCCCCAGGGGAACCCAGGGAUUGAUGGGACCUCCAGGCAAAGCAGGAAGAAGAGGCCGUGCUGGAGCUGAUGGUGCCAGAGGAAUGCCUGGAGAGAUUGGAUCUAAGGGUGAUCGUGGUUUUGAUGGUCUACCUGGUUUGCCUGGAGACAAAGGACACAGGGGCGACCCUGGACCAAUGGGACCCCUAGGAUCCCAAGGAGAGGACGGAGAGAGGGGAGACGACGGAGACAUUGGACCCAGGGGUCUCCCAGGUGAACCAGGACCUCGUGGUUUGCUCGGACCCAAAGGUCCUCCUGGAAUCUCUGGACCUCCUGGUGUACGAGGAAAUGACGGGCCCCACGGUCCCAAAGGAAACUUGGGUCCUCAAGGAGAACCAGGACCUCCAGGUCAGCAGGGAACUCCAGGAACUCAGGGAAUGUCAGGACCUCAGGGAGCCACAGGACCACCAGGAGAGAAAGGUCCCACAGGAAAACCAGGUCUGCCUGGAAUGCCAGGAGCUGACGGCCCUCCCGGUCACCCAGGAAAGGAGGGGCCUGGUGGCACAAAAGGAAAUCAGGGUCCCUCAGGUCCUCAAGGACCCAUCGGUUAUCCUGGUCCUCGUGGCAUCAAGGGAACUCAAGGAAUCCGUGGACUGAAGGGUCACAAGGGAGAGAAGGGAGAAGAUGGUUUCCCUGGUAUUAAAGGAGAUUUUGGUGCCAAGGGAGAGAGGGGUGAGAUUGGAGUACCAGGUCCCAGAGGAGAGGACGGACCAGAGGGGCCAAAGGGUCGAUUUGGACCCCCUGGCGAGAUUGGACCCAUUGGAUUAGUUGGAGAGAAGGGUAAACUUGGUGUUCCUGGACUUCCUGGAUAUCCUGGAAGGCAAGGACCAAAAGGCUCUCUUGGAUUCCCCGGAUUCCCUGGUUCAAACGGCGAGAAGGGAACAAGGGGUCUCGCAGGCAAAUCAGGACCUAGAGGCCAGAGAGGACCAACGGGCCCCAGAGGACAGAGAGGACCACGGGGUGCCACCGGCAAAUCAGGGGCCAAGGGAACUUCGGGCAGUGAUGGUCCUUCUGGUCCUCCUGGAGAGAGGGGAUUGCCUGGGCCUCAGGGAGCCAACGGUUUCCCCGGACCAAAGGGACCUCCCGGACCACCAGGAAAGGAUGGACUGCCUGGACACCCAGGACAGAGAGGAGAAGUUGGUUUCCAAGGAAAGUUGGGUCCACCUGGGCCUCCUGGAGUUGUCGGACCUCAGGGUCCAUCAGGAGAGACUGGACCUAUGGGUGAGCGUGGCCACCCUGGACCCCCAGGUCCACCUGGAGAGCAAGGCCUUUCUGGUCCAUCCGGGAAGGAGGGCACCAAGGGAGACCCUGGUCCCCCUGGAGGCCCCGGUAAAGAUGGGCCCGCAGGUUUGAGAGGCUUCCCUGGAGAGAGAGGACUGCCUGGAACUCCUGGAGGUGGAGGGCUGAAGGGAAGUGAAGGACCUGCUGGACCUCCUGGACCUGCUGGCUCUUCUGGUGAGAGGGGACAACCUGGUACUGCUGGACCUGUUGGACCUCCUGGCAGACCUGGUCCUCAGGGGCCUCCAGGACCCGCUGGAGAGAAGGGAGUUCCUGGAGAGAAAGGCCCGCUUGGCCCAGCAGGUCGUGAUGGCGUUCAGGGACCCGUGGGUCUGCCUGGCCCCGCCGGAUCACCUGGAGUACCUGGAGAGGAUGGAGACAAGGGUGAGGUCGGAGAACACGGUCAGAAGGGCGCCAAGGGAGGAAAAGGAGAACAUGGUCCUCCUGGUCCACCCGGGCCAAUGGGUCCCGUCGGUCAGCCUGGUCCUGCUGGUGCUGAUGGAGAGCUUGGUCCCAGAGGCCAGCAAGGGCAUUUUGGAGCUAAAGGUGACGAAGGAAUCAGAGGAUUCCCUGGAGCUCCAGGACCGAUUGGACUGCAGGGGUUGCCAGGGCCGCCAGGUGAGAAGGGAGAGACGGGAGAUGUUGGACCUCUGGGACCUCCUGGACCUCCAGGCCCCCGUGGACCUGCCGGACCCAACGGUGCUGAUGGUACUCAAGGUCCUCCUGGUGGUUUGGGUAAUCCUGGACCUGCUGGAGAGAAGGGAGAGCCUGGUGAGUCUGGACCACCUGGAAUUGUUGGAGAGCCUGGAAAGAAGGGUCCUCGCGGAGAACGCGGAGAGAAGGGAGAAGCCGGACAGCCUGGAACUGCUGGACCUGCCGGUGGACGAGGUCGACCAGGAGAUGACGGACCCAAAGGAAACCCGGGUCCUGUUGGUUUCCCUGGUGAUCCUGGUCCCACUGGUGAGGUUGGACCCAGAGGUCAAGAUGGUGCAAAGGGAGAGCGAGGAGAAGAUGGUGAACCAGGAGAAUCUGGCUCCCCUGGACCUUCUGGUGAGAACGGACCUCCUGGCCCCCCAGGAAAGAGGGGUCCUGCUGGAACAAGAGGACCAGAGGGACGUCAGGGAGAGAAGGGAACCAAGGGAGACUCAGGAGCUGUUGGCCCACCAGGAAAAACUGGCCCUGUCGGCCCCCAGGGCCAACCAGGAAAACCAGGAACAGAAGGUCUCAGGGGACUUCCAGGACCAGUGGGUGGGCAAGGAUCUCCAGGACUUGCUGGGCAGAAAGGACCACCUGGACCUCUUGGACCUCCUGGUUUGCCUGGUCUGCGUGGAGACCCCGGUGCCAAGGGAGAGAAGGGACACCCAGGUCUUAUCGGGCUUAUCGGACCCCCAGGAGAGCAGGGAGAGAAGGGAGACCGUGGUCUAUCCGGGCCUCAGGGAUCCUCUGGACCCAAAGGAGAGCCUGGAAUGUCUGGAGGAACCGGACCACUCGGCCCUGCUGGUCCCCCUGGUCUCCCUGGUCCCCAAGGUAUCAAAGGAGCUAAAGGUUCUUCUGGAGGAGCUGGUCCGAAGGGAGAAAAGGGUGUUCAAGGAACUCCUGGACCUCCUGGCCCACCAGGUGAAGUCAUUCAGCCCUUGCCAAUCCAGAGGAGUCCCAAGUCCAAGCGCUCCAUUGACGCCAGCCAGUUGCUCCCAGAGUCCGAUGCUGACAUGCCUGCGUCUGAUGCCACUGGCACCGAGUUCCUGAUGGGCAGCGAAGGCAUGGAGGAGAUCUUUGGCUCUCUCAACUCACUUCGCCAGGAGAUUGAGACCAUGCGGUUCCCUCUGGGCACCCAGGACAGUCCUGCCCGCACCUGCCAGGACCUGUACCUCAGUCAGCCAGACCUCAAAGACGGAGAGUACUGGAUUGACCCCAACCAGGGCUGCUCUAGAGACUCCUUCAAGGUCUUCUGUAAUUUCACGAAUGGAGCAGAGACAUGCCUGUAUCCCAGCAAGAACAUCAACUCGGUGAAGAUGAGCUCCUGGGACAAAGAGACUCCAGGAUCCUGGUACAGUCAGUUCAGAACUGGUAGCAAGUUCUCCUAUGUGGACUCUAAUGGCGAGCCAGUGGGCGUGGUCCAACUGGGCUUCCUGCGUCUCCUAAGCAUCCAGGCCCACCAGAAAAUCACCUACCACUGCCACCGCUCUGUGGCCUGGGCCGACCAAAGUGCCAAGAACAACUACAACAGGGCGCUGCACCUGCAGAGCGCCAACGAGGAGGAGCUGAGCUACGAGACCAACCCUUACAUUAAAGCCUUGGUCGACGGCUGCUCUUAUCGAAAGGGCUUCGACAGGACAGUCCUGGAGAUCAACACGCCGCAGGUGGAGCAUCUCCCUCUGCUGGAUAUCAAGGUGUCAGACUUUGGGGAGAGCAACCAGCAGUUUGGCUUUGAAGUGGGACCUGUCUGUUUCCAAGGCUAAAAACACACACACGCACACACACACACACACGCAUACAUAUCCAGAAAACAACAUGCACACACAUGCACUUAUACAUCAUAAACAUACAUGCCCAGUAAUUUGUAAAUUAUCUUGUAAAUGAUAUGGAACAAACACACACACACACACACACACACACAGAUGCUGUUGUGAGACAAACACACAAAGCACUCACACUCAAGUACGUGCCUGGGAAAAGUGACAUCCUCCCAACAAUUAAUGGACGUCAAAAUAAAAGCAAAGAGGAGAGAAAUAAUAAUUCUAAAAAAAACUUGGGAAGAGAAAAAAGAGAGACCAACGCUCGGUGGCACGUCAGCGAGGAAGGAAGAAAAAAGCCGGAGUUUUCUUCAGAGAAAGUGUUUUUCUCUACCAGCAGCAAAGAGAGAGAAAAGAGAGUAAGCUGGCAACUCGAGGCCUGAAGGUCUCAUCACCUCCACCCCUCUGUCUCCCUCUGAUCCCCCUCUCACUCCUCUCUCCUCCCCGCUGUGUCUCUUUCUUUGACCCCACUCAUCUCACCUGCUCUACCUCCCCCUCUUCUGUGACUCCACCUUCACACUGCGAGCAGCUUGAUUGACAGUUUCACUCCUUAAUGACCAAAGGUGCUCGAGGCUCCUGUAAGUGCUGUCUGCUUCCACAAUGUUCCAAACAGUGGCUUUGUGUUGUGGUUUAUUCUUUCAGUCGUUCAUAGGGCUGUCAAUACUUCAGUGGAAUGGACUGGGUAUCGAACUUUCUCUGUAUCACCUAAUAUCACAAACGUGUUGUAAUAUUUUGGUAGCAGUGGUGUUCAUUUAAACAGGGAUUGUGAGCCAAUAAGCAUGCAGCAUGUUGUUUGACUGAGAUCUUAUGGCUUAAACACAAAUCAUUUUACCAUAAUGUGCCAUGUAAUUUUUUUUUUUUGUUAAAACAGAUUUAAUAAAAUUGAUAUCAAAAGUAUCAUUCAGGAAUCGGUAUCGAAGUCCAGAUAACGUUAUCAAUGCUGUAUCAAAUGUUCUGAUCAUGACCCAGCCCCUUGCGGAUCAUUCUGAUAGAAAGUUGCUGAGAAUUGAGAGCUUUUUUUAAUCAACUUUUCACCUGACAAAACGUCUCAUGAAGAACCAACAUCAAACAGUUGACGACCCAAGAGCUUAGAUGUUAACAAACCUCAGUGCCACCUCUGUAAAUCUCUUAGGUUGUUACAUCAGAAGACCAAAGAAUAAACUCUGCCUGUUUCCAUUUCAGCGGCGUCCUGCUCGUUGAAACUGAUAUCUGACUGGUUUUCUCCUCAUGGCCACCUCGCAGUGUCAAUAAAACUGAUGAUUCAUUUUUGAUAGUAAUGUGAUUCAGUGAGGUUAAAGUGCUUCCAAUUUUUUUUCUUUAAACUGGACGAGUUUUCCUCAGCCUCAGAAAUUGUAUUGUUUUUUUUUCCAUCGAAGCAAACCUGCUGCGUGCAGUGAGUCGGGCCAGGAGACGUGUCCUCACCAUAAAUAAGUGAAUUUUAAAGCCAUUAUUUUUGUGCUGAACAUGUUAGCGGUGCCUGAUUCUUCAUUGUCUGUCAAUCAUGGGUCACUACCACACUUCCCGGGUCACUUUCAGGGUUCUUUGAUUAUUGUUUUUGCAUCCCAGUACAAAACAUCAUCAUCAUUAUCAUUGUCGUCAACAUGGGGGUUUAAAUAUGUAAAAUCACAGUCAAAGUUUCCUCUUUCUCUUUUUAUUUUUGCAGCAGUGAAUAAAGUGCAGGCUUUACUGAACGGUGCUAAUUAUACCAAAGCAUAAAUGUCUUAGUCCUCCAUUUUCUUUAGACUAUUUUUUUUUUUAUAAACAUAAUUUCAUAAUGCUUUUUACUGGGGAAAAUGUGCAUUACAUUCCAUUUGUACAGAAAUAGUGAUAUUCUAUUGUAUUUAUUUAAAACAAACAGGGUGCUUAAAGAUUUAAAGAGGAAAAAGAAGAACCACCAAAUCUUCCGGUCAAAUGUGGUAUGUUUCAUUUGUAUUUAUUUCCUGCAGCUGACAGCUGUUGAACUCACUGCCAGCCUGAGUUAUGGUGCUUCUGUUCACGCCCUUUCCAAACCAAAUAAUCUGUGGCCAUAUUUUAUUGUAAUAUCCCUUCUUUUAGUGUUUUCAUCAACUGUACUGUGCUGUUUAAAUUUUGCCUCCACUGUAAUGAUUAAAUGGUGACUCUCCA